AUGGUCCUUCCGGAUACUCCCAGGGAUCUCUAUGCUAAGCCGAACUUUCUCCGCAGCGGUCCGUUCUUCUGGAACUUCUUUACCCUUGAUAGGAUCUGUGGUGCAGUGGAGCUCCACCGAUCGCGCGGCAUCCUCCGACCCUUGCAUGUGUCGGACGCAGACGAGCCGCGCCCCGAAGCCAUUCCUGCUCAAAGGGAAAGGGUUAGGCCUCAGAAGGAUAAGGGGAUUGCUUUUAGAAGUGUCUCGGACGAUCCUCAGAUCCCUGGAUGGGAAACGGGUAACGGGAGCGGAGCAAGUGAAAUUCCCCUUCUGAGUGACUUCUUUGACAACCUUCCUCCCGGUUUUACCACUCAAGCGUCUCUGACCGAGGCAUCGAGGAGAGAGGUGGUCGCGGAAGGCUCUCAGUUGAUCAAUGAGGGGAUGCGAGUUUUUAACUCGGCAUUAAACGGAGGUUUCAGAGAAGCGCGCCUUUUGCAUUUCAAGGCCGAGGAGAUCGAGAGCAAGUUCAUUGAGUUCCAGAUCAGGUGGCGGAGCGAGACCGUGCACAGGCUGAAUCCCAUUCUUGUGCUCUCAUCCGUGCGGAGAGGAGAGGGAGGAGGAAGGUUGCUACCGAACUUGCAAGGAGAGCCACGCUGUUCAACACCGAGUUCCAAGGUCUAA